UGCCUAGUGUCGGAGAGAAAAGACUCACAGAGGGGAACACAACAGCUGUAUUCCGAACAAGCGAAAACCCUUUCGGUGCCUAGCCUCCGUGCCACCAGAAUGAAGCACCAUGGCUGGGACACUGCUAAACCUAGACAGGGGAAGUCGAGAGGCAAAGGUGGGGUUCGAAAUACUAAUCUCUUACCACUGAGCCAUUGCGCUUGUGUACAUGUCGCAAUUUUCUUUAUAUCACGAUUAUUAAUUUACACCCUACGACAGAAACAUCUGUUGCAUUCUGCGAUUGCCUCCGAAAUUCUUCUCUACUUUGUCGCCAGCAUCGGCUUUAAGCCCAUCUUUCUCUUAUCACAAGAACUUGCGUAA